UGUUCAGUUUUGUGGGAUUAGAAAGAUGACAACCCUAGUGGUGGGGCUUUGGGCCAAGCCCUGAGCUACUUCUCUCCCUGAAAUCCAGAGGGGGUGAGAGGCUUAGAACAGGAGUUAGGGGGAAGCCCCAGCCCCCCCUUUUCUGUGCCUGCAGGUGGCAUGCUGAGGGGUUGGUGGGAGAGAGCCCUAUGACUCAGCGGGGCCAGCAAAGCAAAAGCAAAAGUAAGAGUCUGCAACUACAACACUCCAGCAGAGGAGGGCCUGAUCAAGAUGGCAGAGAAGCCCAAGCGCCCACAUCUGGGAUUGGCUCAGUACCCCCUGCUGCUCACACUGGAGCCCGAGGGGCAUGGCCUGGGCGGGCAGGUCCUGGAGUUGGCUGGUCCAGAGGAGGUCCAUGUCCACCAGAAAGACGGCAUCCUGAUCUGCGACAGCUUCCUGCUGGGGCAGUGUCUGGAGCGGGAGCGCUGCCCACGCCACCACACCCCCAACCCCUUCCACUGGCAGAUGCGGCGCCAGGCAGAUGGGGUGUGGCUGAGCAUUGGCACGUCAGCCCAGCAGCACCUGGAGAACCUCUACUGCAGCACCAGCCACCACAGCGUGGAGCUCGUGGACAAGGCCGGCUUAUCCUGGACCCUCAACCUGGACUCCAUGGACCUGAAGCCCACCCAGCUUUAUGACCGCGUCCGGCGCCUCUCCAACAGCGGCGACCCCAGCCGCAGCCCCUACUUCCCCGCGGAGUGGCAGGUGUACUGGGAGGAGUGGGGCGAGUGGCUCAUGUACGAGGAGCCGGUGCGAUGGGAGCUGCUGGCGGCCUUCGAGAAGGGCAUGUGGAACCAUGCCUUUGAGCUGCGUGGCCAGCUGUACAAUGUGGACCUGAAGAAAAUGACCCAGCGCAAUGUGCGUACGGGCUUCACCCGGCGCGUCCUGCGCCGCCCAAUCUUCCGCCCAUCCUGGCGCCUGGCGCCCCACCUGCGGACAGGCCCAGGCGCCACCCUCUCUUCCCCCAGCGCCAUCCCUGGGGAGGACCCCCAGGGCACCUACUGGGGCCCAUACCCUGCGUCCUGGGUCCCCAAGGCCCCAGUGGGCACCAUGUACACGCUUGCAGAAGUGGCACCAGCAGAGAGGGCCUAUGAGACCACAUGCACGCUGUUCCACAAAACUCUGGCAGAGGACAAGGCUCUGGUGCUGGCCGUCUACCGGGUCCGGAAUGACCACCUGUGGCAGAAAUACUGUGGCCAGAAGAAGUUCAUGGCCCAGAUCCGUCCCUGUGCGUCACGGUGCUUCCUGGAGAGACACCUCUUCCACGGCACCAUGGCCAGCAAAGUGCAGCCUAUCUGCGAGAUGAACUUUGACCCCCGGGUGUCAGGGGAGAACGGUGAGGCUUACGGGCAGGGCAGCUACUUCGCCACCGACGCCUCCUACUCCCACACUUACGCCAAGCUGGGCGAGGACAGCCUGUGCCACAUGUUCCUGGCCAAGGUUCUGGUGGGGCGUUGGGCGCGGGGCAAGCCCAGGUUCCGGCGUCCCCCACCAGCACACGACGGCCGCCUGUACGACUCCUGCACGGACUGCGCUAAGAAGCCACAGAUCUUCGUCAUCUUUGACAGCUGCCAGUGCUACCCCUACUUCCUGAUCCGCUACAAACUGCUCUCCGAGCCCGUAGCCGUGGACUCGUGAUGGGGACUACUGGGGGUCAGAGGUCAGGUUGACAACUUUGUACUUCAAAAAUAAGGGACGGUUUUCUUAGCCCCACCCCUCCUCCUGAGA